AUGGUUCAGAAAAAUAACAAUAACCAACGUAGAUCAAACCGCCUAAAAAAAUCUAAUAACGACUCAGAACAACCGUCUCCAACUAAGCGCGUAACAAGAGCUACGGCAAAAAAAUUAGAAGAGAGCAGCAAAAACAAACCAGUAGAAACGACUGAAGAAGAAACUAUGGCAGUCGAGAAUCAAGACAUUGAAAUGGAGCAUGCCGAUGAAGUCGAUGAUACUGAAAAGAAGGCUUUAGAGGCUGAUGCUUUACUGUUAUCUGAUCUCAGACAAAACUUCACCCUUCUGGAACGUGCUGUGUCUACUAUCGAGUCACGGUUCACAACACGUGUUCUAAGAACUACUGCAUCCAUCAGGAAACGUUUGACCGGAGAUCUCUUGGCUCAAGCAAUCAGAGAUAUUUAUCCAAAAGAUUCUGCAGAUAAAGCCAAACUAUUGAAUUAUUUGGGAAAGGAUACUAUUGUCAUGGAUGUUGACGUGGACGAUUCUGGAAAAGAUAAUCCUCCAAUCUUACCGGAGAUUGAUCUUUACCUCCAUUUAUUAUUGAUGAUAUAUUUGCUAGACAAGCAAGAGUUUGAAAAGGGUAUUCAACUUUCUAAUGAAACUAUUGCCAAAAUUCAAAGUUUGAAUCGUCGUACGUUAGAUCAGUUGUCCGCACGUAUCUAUUUUUAUUAUGCUCGAUUCUACGAGCUUACAGGAAAUUUGGCUGUAAUUAGACCAGCUUUGUUAGCGGCCCAAAGAACUGCUACUUUGCGUCAUGAUGAUGAUUCUCAGGCUACGUUACUCAAUUUGCUACUGAGAAAUUAUUUUCAUUAUAAUUUGUACGAUCAAGCUGACAAGCUUGUCAGUAAAACUACCUUUCCUGAAACCGCUGGAAACAACCAGCAAGCUAGAUACAUGUAUUAUUUAGGUCGUAUUAAGGCCAUUCAGCUCGAUUACACAGUAUCGCAUACUCAUUUAUUGCAAGCCAUUCGUAAAGCACCUCAAAAUGUUGUGACAGCUGGCUUUCAGCAAGCGGUAUAUAAGCUUUCAAUCAUUGUUCAACUUUUAAUGGGUGAAAUCCCUGAAAGAUCUAUAUUCAGGCAACCUGUUUUAAAAAAACCGUUAGUUCCAUAUUUACAUAUUGUCCAAGCUGUGCGAAUUGGUGACUUGUCGAAAUUUCAAGAAACAUUAGCUAAAUAUGGUGAAGUAUUCCGUGCUGAUAAAACAUUUACUUUGAUCAUAAGACUUCGCCAUAAUGUAAUCAAAACCGGCAUUAGGAUGAUAAGUUUAUCAUAUUCUCGAAUUUCUUUGCGAGAUAUCUGCUUGAAAUUGCAUCUUGAUAGUGAAGAGGACGCCGAGUAUAUUGUUGCCAAGGCUAUUCGUGAUGGUGUGAUCGACGCUACUAUAGACCAUGAAAAAGGUUUUAUGAAAUCGAAGGAAAACGUUGAUAUUUACUCAACAAACGAGCCUCAAUUUGCUUUCAACCAACGUAUCAGCUUCUGUUUAAAUCUCCAUAAUGAAUCAGUCAAGGCAAUGAGGUUCCCUCUUAAUGCUCAUCGAAAAGAAUUGGCAUCAGCUGAAGCUCUGCGUGAAAGAGAAAGAGAACUUGCAAAAGAAAUUGCGGAAGGUGAAAUUGACGAGGAUGAUGAUGUUGGUGAUUUCUAA